AUGUCUAAUCAGAUACCUGUUCUUUAUACAGAACAAAAAACAAAGAAAGUUAAAAUAUGGUUAGAUGGAUUUUUAGUUCCACGUUCAACAUUAAAUUCGGCGCGUUUAAUAUCUGCUGGUAAACAUGAAAUAGAUGUUGUGUUUUAUUCCAGUAUUGAUGAUAUAAAACCUGGAAGAGAAUUUGAAACUGAUCGAUAUUUAAUUAGUGUCGAAGAAAAUAAUGAUGAUAAUCAACCUUGUCCUAGACCAAGUUUUGCUGUUAAUGAUCCAACUAUGAAAAAUAAACCGAAAUCAGCAGCAUUUGUACCACCACGUUUAGUACCUAAAGCUGAACCACCACCACCACCGCCCAUAUCAAUAUCAGCAUUAGAACGACAUAAUCCACAUCAAUGGGGUUAUGCUGGAAUGACUACAGCUAUGAAACGUAAUGCUUAUGAUGAUGAUGAGAAUGAAAAUAAUUCAAAUCAUAUUUCAAAAAUAACAAAAUCUUCUCAUUUUAUUCCUCCAACAUUUCAUAAACGUGAAGAAAUUCAACCGCAGUUAACAGUAUCACCUCCUCCACAACAACAGCCAGGUUUACUAAAUGAUACUCUUAUUUCUCGAUUAUUAAACAAACCCGAACCUCAAGAAAUUAAAUCUUCACCUGUAAAACAAAUUCCAACAAUUUCUUGGUCAACAUGGGAUGAUAAAAAAUCUGAUGAUGAAGAAGAAACAGAUACGAAGUCAAUUACUCAUGAAAAACCUAAUCUUCAACAAUUACCUUCAACAAAACAAACAUAUAAUUGGCAUAGUUUAGUUACAUCAGCAUGUGCAAAUCCUCAACCUAACGAUUCAGAAAUCUUACCAAAAUUUGAUUUUGAUGAAAGUUCUUUCGAUACAUUAUUUGAUAAUUCCAAUGAAUAG